AUGUUAUUUCUUCUACUUUUUUCAGCAACGACAGUAGCUGGGCAAACAACUACAGUAGCUCCGCUGACAUAUGCGGACAGCUGCUUGUUGUUUGAGGUGAAUUGCAACUCGACGACGGCGGAUUUGACGUUGAAUACCACUUGCUUUAAUGAGAUAGACAGGGCUUUUGGUACCGAUUUGACCGGGCUAAACAUUGCUAAAACAAAAGAAUUCGAUUCCUCCGCGUCCAUCCCGACCAAUUGUGUUCUAAACAGCACUUUGAACGUCCCAUACGCUGAUUGCUUUACUUCUUCUGGUGGAAGCUCAGUGAACUACACUGGAUAUGUCCAACACGCAGCUACAGUCGACGGCGCUACAGUAUUUUUUUCAGAUGUUCAAGAAAUCACCUGCGAAAGUGUCUCCCUCGAUGGGUAUACUUCUUCGUCUUCGGUUACCAAAGAUGCGAUGACGAUUUCGACUGUCACGACAACGGGCGAAAUUCCUUUCAAUACAGUGUUUUCUUUCAAUGUUACAGGUGGAGACCGUCUUGGAGAAAUGAUGGACGUCAAGGUGACCCACGAUUCCUCGGACAGUUUCUUCGUCGACCUGACCGACUGUACCCUCAAUCUCGACUCCGCUUCCUUCACCAUUCUCACCAACAAAGCAGUGACAACGACCGGAACAGCCCUUCACGUCUCCCUGGUCGGAACCGAUGCCCUCCGUUUUCCUCGAAUGACGACUUCGACUUCCCAAAUCGACAAACUAGAUAUUUCCUGCUCAAUUUCCACCAGAUUGUCUUAG